GAGCGAUAUAUAUAUAGAGAGAGAGAGAGAGAGAGAGGAGCGCGCAUAGGGGGUGAAGACCAACGCUCUUGCCACUGUCGCCGUAGACGCUCUUCACCGGCGUGCACACGUGUGUGUGUGUGCACGUGUUUGUGUCUCUCUCUCUCCCUCGCGUGUGCUUCUACUGCCCACCUCCCACUGCAGAGCCGCUGACAACCUGCAGCCUCACAGCCGGAGCAGGCGAACUGCCACAACUUACUACCUCAAGAGAUGGGAAAAUAAGGAAUACCACAGGAUCCACGAUGGGGGAGGGAGGACAAACUACGGAAUCCUCUGCAAGGUAUCUCUUGGAAAUUAGCCACGCAUAACACUGCAACAUCCAUCCUGUUUUUCUGACACUGAGAAGGAGAGCGAGAGAGAGAGGAAGCCAGAGAGAGGGAGAGAGAGAGAGUGUGAGAAAGAGAGAGAGUGCAAGGAGCGAACGUUCGGCGGAUAGGGAGAGAGUUUCACCACUGCUGCGCCGCUGUUGCUGCUGCUGCUCCUCCGUCCUCCUUCCCCUCCCUCCCCUUUCGGCUCCCGCAACACCACCCCCGAGCCCCCCUCCGGAGAAAUUGAUGGAUUAUUGCUAACUGUGCACACGGCAGUCCGCAGCUGCUACAGCGACAGACAAGAGAGCAGAGUGAGUUAAAAAAGCAAGACGGAAUGACCGCAGUGUGCGUCUGUUAGCCUUUUUGGAUUCAUCAAUGCAAGGCUAUUCAGCUGAACAAGUGUCACGGGGGGGUGGACUAUGGCAAACUGAAAAAAAGAGGCUCAGUCAUCAGUGAAAGAGAAGACAAAUUUGAGAGGACUUUGGGAUUUUUGUCCCUCUUUUAUAUUCUUUCUUUUUCUCUUUUCCUUGUGUUUAAUGUGCAUGCACUUCUGCAAUGGAGUUUUGUGAAAAUUGCUCUGUGGUAUUUAGCAUCGCCUACCAAGGACAAUCAGUGGGGGAGCUGAUAAGAGAUCUUUUCCAAGCGGACUGGAUCCAUGCACCUGCUUAGCUGACUGGGCCCUGGACCCCACGGAACGGUUUCACUGAAUUCUUUGGAAGUAAUAGGGGCCAUUUUGUCAAAUCAGUUUGUGAUCCACUUUUACUUUUCAGAGAGAAACAGCUGAAAAUGUUGCAGUGAUUUUGGUGGGAAACAUGAGCAAACAGCUUUGGGACUUUGCUUCACUGUAACGGAUUAUAUUAAGGACAACUCUGAGCUAAUGAGCACCAUCCUGCACUGUAAAUGGCAAACAGAUGCAGAGCCUUGCUCAAACCAGGGUAGGGCCACUGUUCUCCGUUCCCCAGCCGAAUCCCCAUGCGAUGUUGAAUUAUGAACGCGCCACAUCAUGAGUCUCUUGUGGCAGGUAACUGUGCACCGUGCCUGGAACGCAGUCCUGCUCUGUGCAGUCUACCUCAUGGUGCGAUCGUGGAGUGUUUGCGCCACCCCCUCCGGACCACUGACCUGCCCUGCUGUUUGCUCUUGCGGUAACCAGUUUGUUAAGGUGGUGUGCACCAGGCGUGGCCUGGUCCGAGUGCCCCCAGGCAUCCCUGCCACCACACGCCAUUUAAACCUGAUGGAGAACAGCAUAGAGACCAUUGAAGCUGGCACCUUUCAACAUCUUCGCCACCUGGAGGUGCUUCAGCUGGGUAGGAACUCUAUUCGGCAGAUCGAGGUGGGGGCCUUUAGCGGCCUCAACAGCCUCAACACACUGGAGCUGUUCGACAACCGGUUGACGGUGAUCCCGAGUGGCGCUUUUGAGUACUUGUCUAAACUAAGAGAAUUAUGGCUCAGGAACAACCCCAUUGAAAGCAUACCAUCCUACGCAUUUAACCGCGUUCCCUCUCUCAUGCGCCUGGACCUGGGAGAGCUAAAGAAGCUGGAGUAUAUUUCCGAGGGUGCAUUCGAGGGAUUGUACAACUUGAAAUACCUAAACCUUGGAAUGUGUAACCUACGGGAGAUGCCAGUCCUGACCCCUUUAGUGGGGCUGGAGGAGCUGGAGAUGUCAGAGAACUACUUCCCAGAAAUAAAACCAGGAUCAUUCAGGGGUAUGAAAUUCCUGAAAAAGCUGUGGAUUAUGAACUCCAGGAUCACCAGUAUAGAAAGAAACGCAUUUGAUGAUGUCACAGUCUUGGUUGAGCUUAACCUGGCCCAUAAUAACCUUAGCUCUUUACCCCAUGACCUUUUUGCGCCCUUGAGUUAUCUGGUGGAGCUCCAUUUGCACCACAACCCUUGGCAUUGUGACUGUGAUGUCGUGUGGCUGGCAUGGUGGCUGAGGGAGUACAUUCCCACCAACUCCACCUGUUGCGGCCGCUGCCACACCCCUGCUUACUUACGUGGACGCUACUUGGUGGAGGUAGACCAGAGCACUUUUCAAUGCUCAGCACCUUUCAUUCUGGAUGCCCCGAGGGAUCUUAACAUCUCUGCCGAACGUGUAGCUGAGCUAAAAUGUCGUACGGCGCCCAUGUCGUCAGUACGAUGGCUCCUGCCCAAUGGAACGGUUUUGACCCAUGGUUCUAAUCACCCACGGAUAUCAGUGCUCAAGGAUGGGACACUAAACUUCUCUAAUGUACUGCCAGUGGAUACAGGUGUGUACACCUGCAUGGUGACCAACAUGGCUGGCAACUCCAAUGCCUCGGCCUACCUGAAUGUGACGGCGGCUGAGCUCAACACUUCCAACAUGAGUUACUUUACUACGGUGACUGUGGAGGAGGUGGAGCCCACCUCACAGGAAGUGAUCAAGCCAAAGACGGUAACCGCCUCCCCCUCCGUCUUUCAACCUGUUUUUAUCUCCACGCCAACCGUUUUACUUCAAACCCCCCGACAGGUGUCCGUGCCAACCGUACGCGGAACAAUACGCCCACCUGCCAGUCUCGACGAAGUCAUGAAGACGACCAAGAUCAUCAUUGGCUGCUUUGUGGCAGUCACGCUACUCGCUGCCGUUAUGCUAAUAGCUUUCUACAAGCUGCGCAAACGGCACCAGCAAAGGAGCACGGUGGCAGCUGCUAGGACUAUAGAGGUCAUUCAGAUGGAGGAGAACGUCCCUACCAACCAUACAGGGACCAGUAUACCAGGUGAAAGUGGGAUGAUGUUGCCUAGCCUGAGAGAUCACAACAGCACCUUCAAACCCAGUUACAGCUCCUACAGAUCAGCACACUCCGCUCCAUGGGCGGAGAACAACAUUGGUAACUCCCUGCACCGUCCCCGCCCCACAACCAUCAGCACCAUCCCUGAACCCUACCUUCUUCAAACUCACACAAAGGAGAAGGUACAGGAAACACAGAUUUGACAUUCCGACAGCCUUUUUCUCCUCGGCCUUUUAUUCCGUUCCUCAUGAAAACAUGCAAUAGAAUGCACAACAGAAAAGACAGCAAUUACUUUUGUACCCAGUGCAAAAAUGAGACUGUUUUUCUUGUACAUGCUUCUACAUAAAUAUAUUAAUAAAAUAUAUAAAUUAAUACACUAUGGGAUGAUAAACGAAACAGAUUAUAUAAAAGGUGAAAAUGAAUUUAAACUAUUUUCUAACAUGUAACUCCUAUUUAAGAUGGGGAAAAGUGUUGAUGCCGAUGAUAUUGCAAAUGAAGACAAGGGACAACCUGUGAUUUUUAAACCAUGCUGUAUAGAAUGCAGUAAAGUCCCAUUUAUACAGAGAACUUUCUAAGUAACCAUCCACUGAUUGACCUUUAAAGGCUUAUCUUCUAAAAGCACCAAGAAUUUGUAUCGUGCCAAAUGUUCCACUUGCAUUAAAUGAGACUGGGCUGAGAGAUAGGGGACAAAACAGUGCAAAACACAGGAUGGAGACCAAGAGAGAAAGGAGCAGAUAGAUAUAGAGUCUGCUGUUCUGCAGCUCCCAGCCAAAUGCUUUUUGGGCUGCGCCAUAGUUUUGCAGCAAACGCUUAACUAUAUGUUUCUGGAACAGGCGUUCUGCUUGCUUUUUGAGUUUACUACUUUUGGUUUUGACGAAUGGGAUUCUCCAUCCACUCGUAUUCCAUCAGUUUCAUCAUUUGGGUAUCGAUUGCUUUCCCUAUUAUUGCUUUAAUUAUGAUUUGACAGGCUUUUAGGGCUAAUUUAGUAAAUGCAUUACAACCGUUGCCUCCGAUUAGUAGCGCAAGGGCUCAACUGGAGACGGUUGCAAUGAACGGAUGGUUUGCUGCAGACUCGCGUUAAAAUGGUUUCACAUCUUCUUUAUCGAUAAAAAGUUUCAAAUGAAUGUGUGAAUUAUAGGACUUUCCAUUAUGGAGAUUGUUCAAACAGCAAUUAUCGUUUGUCCUUGUUUUGAGCAACACUAUUUUUAUGAGGAGUCUACAGAGGUCAU